GUUCAACUUGACGCCGCGGCGACAAGGCGCUGCCAAGUCUUGACAACAAAACACAAAAUUGCCUCACGUAAACCUAUGCAGCUAAAGAUCCACCACCAUGGCGUCUUAAAGGGGUGGACGAAGACGCGGUUCCAUGCUCGGUAGGUGACCGGAGCCAGUCUACUCUUUCGCCGUUGAGCCGCGAAACACGGACGCUGGAGAAGCUACAAUGAGCUCGGAGCACCAGAGCGACAGCGAGGACGCCGACGGGUCGCAGGACAGGCCCAACAGCGGCAGCGACAAAGAGGAAGACCCCGACAUCGACGACUCGGACGUGGAAGAUGACACUGCUCCGGCGGUGUCACCCUCGCCGCCGGGACCCAGCGUGGACCGGCCGGAGCGUGGAGCGGGGUCCCCGGCGUCGGAGGAGGGAGAGCCCGGCUGUAAACCGGCCGCCGCGCCGCAGCCGGGGAGCGGCGGGGACCCCAGCACCGAUGGCCGCAGGGGGAACAGCUUGUUUUCUUGGCUGCAGAGCAGGACAAUAAGACGGGGGGUGUUUGUGGACCCGGCUAGGGAUAACUUCAGGACAAUGACCAGUUUGUACAGCUCCAUGAAUCCGGCUGUGGAGUCUGUGAACCUGAGCACUCAGACCCACGGAGCGGUGUUCAACCUGGAGUACUCCCCGGACGGGUCUGUGCUGACUGUGGCCUGUGAGCAGACCGAGGUCCUGCUAUUUGAUCCCAUCUCAUCCAGACACAUCAAAACCUUGACCGAGGCCCACGAGGACUGCGUCAACAACAUAAGGUUUUUGGACAAUCGUUUGUUUGCCACCUGCUCCGACGACACCACAAUUGCAUUAUGGGAUCUCCGUAAACUGAACUCAAAGGUUUGCUCGUUGCACGGCCACGCCAGCUGGGUGAAGAACAUCGAGUACGACACCAACACUCGUCUCCUUGUCACAUCUGGCUUCGACGGCAACGUCAUCACGUGGGACACUAACAGGUUUACAGAGGACGGCUGCCCGCACAAAAAGUUCUUCCACACCCGCUACUUAAUGAGGAUGCGUCUGACACCCGACUGUUCCAAGAUGCUCAUCUCCACUUCCUCAGGGUACCUGCUCAUCCUCCACGACCUGGACCUCACCCAGUCCCUCGAGGUGGGCAGCUACCGCAUGCUGCGAGCGAGACGGACGCCACUCAGCUCAGAUGGAGGCACAUCAGCGUCCAGGUCAGCUGGGACUCCUCGCCAGGGAAAUGACUCCAGCAAGAUCCACCCUCACCGAGAAGGUCUUUCUCCCAGAAACAGCCUGGAGGUUUUGACUCCAGAGAUCCCUGGAGAGAGAGACCGAGGGAACUGCAUCACCUCCCUGCAGCUCCACCCUAAAGGCUGGGCCACGCUCAUCCGGUGCUCGAGCAACAUGGACGACCAGGAGUGGACGUGUGUGUAUGAGUUCCAGGAGGGAGCGCCCACCCGCCCGCUGGUCUCCCCCCGCUGCUCCCUCCGCCUCACCCACUACAUCGAGGAGGCCAACGUCGGCAGGGGCUACAUCAAAGAGUUGUGCUUCAGCCCGGACGGACGACUCAUCUGCUCCCCGUAUGGCUACGGCGUCCGCCUGCUGGCUUUCGACGAGAGCUGCGGCGAGCUGGCCGACUGCCUCCCAGUCCAGACCAGCUGCCUCAGGGAGAUCCGCUCCAUCUACUCGCACAGCGACGUGGUGCUCACCACCAAGUUCUCCCCGACACACUGCCAGCUGGCCUCGGGCUGCCUCAGUGGACGCGUCGCCCUUUACCAGCCUAAGUUCUAGCAACCCGCACUGUCAAAGAACGAUGCACUGCAGACCUGGGUGGAGAAGUGCUAAUCAGGGUUCCAGCGCAGAUCUAGAAAUGUGUCGAAGGAGAAUACAGUUUCUAUGAUUUUAAACUCCUAACACUUAAUAUGUGUAGAUUUUUGUCGUGCAAAGGCUAUAUCUGCUUUGUAAAAAGGCCUUCUUGGUAUCCUUUGGUAUAGAUUAUAUCAAAACUAUCAAAGGAAAUUCAAAUUUUCCCAGAAAAUCUGAAUCUAUGGGAACCCUGAAUAACAUUUCCUAGCAUUUGUUUUAAAGUGCUGUAGUGGACCGGAUGGGUGGGAGUUACUGCAUGCAGAUAUUUUAAAUAGUCUGACGCACGGUAUAAAUGGAAUAUUGUGAUUUUUCUGGACCCUCUGCCAGACAAUCUGCAUGGAAAACUCCACCCAUCUGGCACCUAAAAAGGAACAAAACAAACCUUAAAACAUAUUUUCGGUACUUCUCGACCCAGAUCUGUAGCUGUGCAGCAGACUGAGUGUUGACAGCCACUGUUCUGAAAAAAAAUAGAAGAAGGAGAAGACUUCAGCUGUGACCCCUUUGUCCAGGCUGCACUAGUGGAUGAAAACUUUCAGCCUCUCUGACCCUGAACUUCGAAAAAAAAUUGGAGAAAACAGACAAACUUUGAGGCAACGAAACAAAAAAGCGUCAUUGGGAUUUGCAAACAAGACUCCAUCCAGACUGAGGAGUUCAAACCUUGAAGCUCUGAUCAUUAAAUCAAGAGCUCGUCUGUGGCUCUUUUUUUUUUUUUUUCAUACUAAAGAUUCAUUUUGGUCUCUAUAGCAGUAGAAAACUUAUUUUGAGACUCCAGAUGUUGCUGUCUCGGGACAAAAACACUAAGGAUGCAAACAAACAAACAAACGGAUAUUAAUCCAUCAAUUCUAACGAGACAAACAAGAAAACAAGGCGCUUGUCUCCGUCGUCUUGCGCUGUCGUUGAUCGUCUUUGACACGGCGUCCUCCGCUGCGGAUCGUGUCGCUCUCUCAGCUGCUCCGCUCUGCUCAUGCCUUUUUCCACAGGUGCUGCUUCUCUGCUCAUACAAUCUGAACUUUGACUUCAAGGACCUCAUUGUCGACGCCUUUCCCGUUUACCUACCUGUCAAUUUUUUUUGUUCUCCAUCUCCACUCCGUUUCCGCCUUCAUGGUCCUUUAGCGGUUUAGGUUUUUUAGUGGUUUUAUUGGUGUAUUAAUGUCUGCACUACUAGUUCACAAUUGUUUGAUUCGUUUGAUUCUAACGUUCACUGUUUGAUCAUUGAGGCCGCUUUAGGAUUCACUUCUGGUUUCCCUGCACAGUUUUUGAGUUUUUAAUCUUAAGUCUGUGAGUGGAAACUUGCUGUCUGGACAAUAGAAGCCGCCGUCGCUGUCUCAGACAUUUUCCAGACCCACUUUCUGUACAAACUACUAUUGCAACAUACUUUAGUGAAGGAAAAUACUAUUUACAAUUACAUAUUUCUUCUCCAAAAGAUAAGACUGGCAUUAUUCUGUAUUGUUUUUGGUUUUUUUACAUAGAGCACAGUAUGCUGUCUGUGGCACUCAGCCCAUUGGUUCCUACUGAAGACAUAAAUCUUAAGUAAUUUCCUGAAACAGCUGCCACUGUAGUUUGUAGAAAACGUUACUCAAACAGGAGUAAAUAGAGAAGUUGUUGGGACUACUUUCAGCCGUGGAGUAAUACACAAUUCUAGUGCAUAUUUGCAGCUGUUGUUUAUAGUAAUGAAGGAACAUGUCUUAAUGGUACAGAGGAUUAAGAUAUAUCAGUAUUUAGCCACACAGAUAAUAAAAGUCCAUUCAUACUUGGUUUUGAACUGAGCCCCUAAAGUCAUAUUUUUUUAUCUGGUGCCCGUCCUUUAUUCCUGUCUUCUCUUUAGAUAAUAUCUAAACAUCUAAAAAUACUUUUUAAAUCAUAGUAUCCAUUGUUCUUAAUAGAUACUUCAUAUAUUUACUCUUUCAUUUCAUUAGAACACCUGUGAUAUACAGUAAAAUCACCUUAUAUCACUUAUCUGUUUAAAUCAUUAAUUCAAUAAUAAUUAAUUAUGGGAUGAUAAUAACUUUCCUUGUGUGAGCAGGAUAAUAACUUGUGCACAAAAGCUCAAAAAAUGUGACUUUAAGGGACUUUUGGGGCUCUGUAGAGAAAAAGAAAAUAUAUAUAGAAUAUUGCCAGCCUCUUUAAUUACCUUGUUGACUAUUUUGAAUAUAGGGCAGAAGAAGUUUUUGCCUCAGCAUCGUUCAUUUAACCUUUUAUAGGACAUUGUUGCCAAGAAACAUUUCAUUUGAUUGUUUUUCAACCUUGUACCUCAUUUUGUUGGUUUCUGAAGAGAGUGUUGAUCCACAUCAGUGUUUUGAAUUUUUUCUCCUCCUCCUUCAUCACAUCCAGUUAUCUCACUCUUACAAUGUCGUCAUAAAAGGUGACCAAUCAGGUUUUCUUCCUCUCUAAGGAGCAAAUGGAUUGCUUUGACUGUUGUAGUAUCGGCAAUGCUUUUGUGUUUUCAACCACUGUAGUAUAGCUGCUCCAAGAGCCAAGCCUGGGUGUUAAAACCUCAAUGUAAACUGGUUACAGUACAUACCGACUGACUGCAGAAUAGAUAUUGCGUGAACAAAAGAUAGACAUUAGCGUAUACUACUAUGCAUACCAGCCUUUAUGAAGAUUCUCCUUUCUUAUUUAUACUGGGGGGGGGCGCGAUGCUCUGUGUGGAGCCGUCAGAUGCCAAAACGUGUUUUUGCUUGGACAAGGCAGUGCUUCUCCUCUGUAGUGAGAUGUGAGCUGAGAACUUGAAGUGAACAUCUGCAAAUUAUGGAUUUAAAAAAAAAAAAAAGCUUACAUUUUAAAAGAAUUGGUUGACGUUACUGGAAAUACGCUUAUUCACUUUCUUGCCAAAGGUCAAGUGAGCAGAUUGAUACUCGUCUCGUGUUGGUCAGUUGAAUAUGAAGCGACACCUUGCAGCCGGUUAGCUCAGCUUAGCACAAAGGCUGCAAACAGGGAAAACGGCUCAGCUGACGCAGUCUAACGGUCACAAAAUCUGCCUACAGGCAACUUUAAUUUAACAUUUAAUCCAUAUUAAAACAUUUAAAUUUGCAGUUUAUGGGUGGUUAUGUAUCAGACUAUUUCUUGCCUGGCAACCAAACAACAACAAAAAAAUAGUCAGAAACAUAAUCGUCAUAAAAUGGCAUCUUAUUGUUGUUUAUCCAGCUGUUUAAUGAGCUUUGUGUGUGCUGGUAGGUGCUGUUAGUCAAAGCCAAACUAGCCGUUUCCACUUUGUGCUUGGCUAACCAGCUAACAGGCUUACUGGCUGCUUGCGGUAGCUUCAUGUCAUCUGUUUACACGUGUGAGUGGUUAUCAGUCGUCUCCGCUAAAACCACCGCCAGGAAGUUAAAUAAGACUGAAUAGGAAAUUUAUGAGUUAAUAUUUGUUAAAAAAAAAAAAAAAAAGGAAGUUGUCUGAACACAGAUGUGAUUUAAUAAUUCCCAGCUCACAACGUGGUCCUGUAUGUACUGAGGAAGGAUGCUUUCAACACUUUGUACCUCAGUUAACUGCUCAAAAUGUGCGUGUUUCACCAAAUGGGGUCCAUUUUACAUUCAGUUCAGUCAAUUCUGGGACUUUUUUCCACCUCUAGAAUAACUUAUUUUCCAAGUUAAAGACAUUAAGAAACAACCCAGAAACAUUUCACUAUUUAACUGUUACAUUUAUAGUUGUUGUUUUUUUUUAAUUGACUGAGCUGAAGGUUAAAGGAUCAUCCAUGCUGUAUAUUCAAUGCUGCUUUUAUUUCACUUAUAUUCACAAGCUCUUCGGAGAGAAGUGUCUUAUCUGCCAUUUUUCACUUCAGGUAUAGCAACUAAAAAAAAAAAAAAAAAAACUGGGUUCAUUUUUAUGGAUUUUUUUUUUUUUUUUUGGGUUUGUUUGUCUUUGGUCAGUCCUGUCCUUGGUUUCAACCUGUGUCCUGUUGUGGAUUAAUUGAAUGUUCUCAGUAGUUCUGGUGUUAACCUGUGCACCAUCACCUCAACUGAUCACAGGUGGAGGAGGGGUGGACAAGAGACGGGAAACGUGUUGAAUUACUCACACUGUGGUUUCCUAAAUGGCUAUACACAGCAAUGAAUCCCAACAAUGAAACUAAAAUGGUACUUAUUAUCACUGAAAUAAAAAGAUUAGCUUCUUUUUGCA